AUGGCAAUGGGGCGGGAUACUGUUGUUGAUGCCGGGAUAUUUGAUGGGUCUUUAGGCAUCAUUUAUGUGGUAUCUGCAUUGAAGGUUUUGAGUAUCGAUGGAAAAUUGGGAGAACUAAAGCGGCCGGUUGAGGUAAUAGCAUUUAGUGAUGAAGAACGAGUAAGGUUUCAGUCUACAUUCAUAGGAAGUGCUGCUAUAGCUGGAAUUUUACCAGUUUCAGCACUGCAAAUAACUGAUAAAAGUGGUGUGACAAUUCAAGAUGCUCUUAAGAAAAACUCCAUUGAAGUUACAGAGGAGCACUUGCAGCAGCUCAGAUAUGACCUAAAGUUAGUUUGGGGUUAUGUUGAGAUUCACAUUGAACAAGGGCCUGUACUGGAAUGGGUUGGUUUUCCUCUAGGAGUUGUUAAAGGCAUAGCUGGACAGACAAGACUAAAGGUUACAAUGAGAGGUUCCCAGGGGCAUGCUGGAACAGUUCCAAUGUCCAUGCGUCAUGACCCUAUGACUGCUGCUGCGGAAGCCAUUGUAUUGUUAGAAAGCCUAUGUAAGCAUCCUCAAGAUUUUCUGUCUUUUGAUGGUCAAUGCAAAAGUUACUCAUUAGAAUCACUUUCAACUUCACUCGUUUGUACUGUUGGUGAGAUAUUGACUUGGCCAAGUGCAAGUAAUGUUAUUCCAGGACAGGUAACAUUCACAGUAGAUUUACGUGCAAUUGAUGACAUGGGACGUGAAGCUGUUGUAUGUGAAUUAUCUAACCGAUUGUAUCAAAUAUGUGAUAGGCGUUCAGCUUCGUGCACAAUUGAUCGUAAGCAUGAUGCAAAUGCAGUCAUUUGCGAUUCUGAGCUGACUUCGAAGCUGAAGUCAGCAGCUUAUCUUGGGCUCAAGAGAAUGACAGGUUCUGUUCAGGAUGAAGUACCUGUAUUAAUGAGUGGAGCAGGACAUGAUACAAUGGCUCUGUCUCAUUUAACUAUGGUGGGUAUGCUUUUUGUCCGCUGUCGAGGAGGCAUAAGUCACUUCCCUGAAGAACAUGUACUGGAUGAUGAUGUUUGGGCAUCUGGUUUGGCAAUCCUGGCAUUCAUAGAGAAUCAGCUCUAG